AUGGGGAGCUGGUGCCUGUCCUGGCUCUCAGGAUCCAAAGUGGAGAAUUCGGAAGGAUUUUGGUCGUCUAUGACUAGGAAGACAGUCAUCACCAUGGAGAAGGAGAAAUGCGAAGAUAUUGAUGAGUGCCAGACUGGGAAGGCAAAGUGCAAAGAGAAAUCAUAUUGCAGAAACAAAAUCGGAAGCUACUACUGCAGCUGUUUUCCCCAAAAUCAGAACUUUAACGAGAAGGUGCACUCAUCACAGAACUUUUGGGAUGAGCUGAAGAACAAUAGCAGCAAAAAGGACGUUGCUUUAAAGGCAACUGAAUACCUUCAGAACAUAGAAAUGAUCAUAUGGAACAACAGCGUUGCUUCUCCGGGAAAAGGGAAAAUUGCUGACUUCAAUGUAGUCUAUGAAACCAAGAAGUGCAAUAAAGCACAGGAAAGGACUCUUGUAGAAGCUGGAAAUAAUACCAUGAGUAUCAACUGUAGCGACGUUUUCCAAGGAACCGAAAGAGGUAUCCAUGCUGUGUCACUGAUCACUUAUGGAUCUUUUGAGAAGAUUCUGGAUGGAUCCUUUUUCCAUAACAGAAGAGGAAUCCCAGAAGUGAGAUUAAAUUCCCGAGUCGUGAGUGGUACUGUUGGUGUGAAGAAAAAAGUUCUGUCGGACCCUGUGUUCCUGACCUUCCAAAAUACUCAGCCUGGUGGUGCCAGAGCCAAGUAUUUAUGUGUGUACUGGGAUGACUCGGAAAAAGACGCAGGCUGGUCGACAGAGGGCUGCUUUCAUGUGAACAGCAAUGAUUCUUACACCACCUGCAAGUGCUUGCAUCUUUCCAGCUUUGCUGUCCUCCUGGCUCUUACUCCUCAGGUAGACCGUGUUCUGGUUGUGAUCACCUACGUGGGAAUGAGCCUGUCCCUGUUCUGCCUCUUCCUGGCAGCUCUCACCUUCUUCCUGUGCCAGUCUAUCCAAAACACGGGCACCACCCUCCAUCUGCAGCUCUCCAUCUGCCUCUUCCUGGCCCACCUCCUCUUCCUCGUAGGAAUGGAUCAAACUGAGCCUGAGGUCUUAUGCUCCAUCAUUGCAGGAGCAUUGCAUUACCUGUACCUGGCUGCCUUCCUAUGGAUGUUUCUCGAAGGCCUGCAUCUCUUCCUCACUGUGAGAAACCUCAAAGUGGCCAACUACACCAGCGCAGGCCAAUUCAAGAAGAGGUUCAUGUACCCUUUGGGAUAUGGUGUUCCUGCUGUGAUUGUGGGUGUGUCUGCGGCAGUAGGACACAAAAAUUAUGGAACCUAUACUCACUGCUGGCUCAAGUUUGAUAAAGGCUUCAUCUGGAGUUUUAUGGGGCCAGUGGCAGUCAUUGUCAUGAUAAACUUGCUGUUCUACUUUCAAAUUCUGUGGAUUUUGAGAAGCAAAAUUUCUUCCCUCAAUAAAGAAGUUUCCACCAUUCAAAACACCAGGAUCAUAACAUUGAAAGCUAUUGCUCAACUGUUCAUCUUGGGCUGUUCUUGGGGUCUUGGUUUUUUUAUGGUUGAAGCGGUGGGAAAGACAGUAGGGCUGGUUUUCGCCUAUAUCUUCACCAUCAUCAAUGUCCUGCAAGGGGUCGUGCUCUUCGUGGUACAUUGCCUCCUUAAUCGCCAGGUGCGCAUGGAAUAUAAGAAAUGGUUGAGUGGUGUGAGGAAAGGGUCGAAGAUGGAAAGUACUGACAUCUCGAGGUCUACUAUUCACACCAAGAUGGAGGAAGUGGGGAAAUCAUCAGAAAUGAUUCAACAAUCACACAUCGUGUCGGCCCAAAAACAGCCAAGCCUCAUGUACGAGUGA